GCGUUGGCGGCGGCCAUGGCGCUCUUCGGCCUGACGAGAAACGCGGUCAUCGGGCUCAACCUGUACUGCGGCGGCGCGGGCCUGGGGGCGGGCGGCGGCGGCGCGGCCCCGGCCGCGGGGCUGCCGGGCGUGAGGAAGGAGGCCCGGGGCGCGGGCGGGGGCGGGGGCGCCGGCGGGGCCGAGCGGGGCGGCGGCGCCCCCAGCCCCCCGGCCGCGCGGAGGGCGGCGCGGCCCGCGCCCGUUGGCGCCGAGGGCCCCGGCGGCGCGGCCACCCCCGGGCGGCGCCUGCUGCUCGCGCCGCCGGACGCGACGCCCGACCCGGCCCUCGCCAGCGCCAGCGCCGCGGUGCGGCCCGAGGACGAGCUGGACGGCUACGACGAGCCCGAGGCGCCGGGGAAGCGGCCGGCGGGGCCGGGGCGGCGGCGCCGGGCCGGGGCGGCGGGCGCGGACGCGGAGGGGUCGCUGCCGUCCACGCCGCCGCCGGCCGACGCGGACGCCGACCCCGACGCCGACCCCGACCCCGGCGCGGACGCGCUGUACCGGCUGUCGCUGGAGAUCAUCUCGCGCUACCUGCGGGAGCAGGCGGCGGGCGCCAAGGACGCCAAGGGGCUGGGCGCGCCCGGGGCCGCCGGCCGGAAGGCGCUGGAGACGCUGCGGCGCGUGGGCGACGGGGUGCAGCGCAACCACGAGACGGCCUUCCAGGGCAUGCUGCGCAAGCUGGACAUCAAGAACGAGGACGACGUCAAGUCGCUGUCGCGCGUGAUGGUGCACGUCUUCAACGACGGCGUGACCAACUGGGGCCGGAUUGUGACGCUCAUCUCCUUCGGGGCCUUCGUGGCCAAGCACUUGAAGAGCAUCGACCAGGAGGGCUGCAUCGAGCCCCUGGCCGAGAGCAUCACGGACGUGCUGGUCGGGACGAAGCGGGACUGGCUGCUCAAACAAAGAGGCUGGGAUGGGUUUGUGGAGUUCUUCCACGUAGAGGAUCUAGAAGGCGGCAUCCGGAACGUGCUGCUGGCUUUUGCAGGUGUUGCUGGAGUCGGAGCUGGUUUGGCGUAUCUGAUAAGAUAGCCUUUUGAAGUGCAAUAAUGACUCUUAACCAACUCCAGCCACCAAAACCACGUAACGACUGCUGUGAAAUCAAAUGUAUUUAUGAAGUUGGACUUCGAGCUGCCCAGGCUGUAACCUCCAAGAGUUCUACUCGGGCUGAGUAGGACAGGGCGUGGCGAGAGGAUUGUGGCCAAUAGGAAUAAAUGCGUGGGAGAAGUAGUCCCCCUGUGAAGAGUCACUGUCCGAAGGAAGCAGAGUUCAGUUUCAGCAACAGGAACACUUCGGGAGGCCGUGGAGGAGGGCCUUAGAGUUAGUGAAACUGGUAGGGUGGAGAGACUUAAUUUUCCCUUUUCCAGAACCAGGAGAGUGGCCAGUAGCCAGGCUAGUCAUAGGAGUCAUGAAACCUGCCCACUGAACUCAUUGAUUUCUGGUGGUGUAAAAGAGAAGCACUAACGAUGCCAGUGGUUUGUGCAAAAUGGGUCAGAGAUGAAGCUAUGACUAGAAGCCUCAGCACUGUACAAGCGUCUGAAGGGGGAAGCUUCUUCCUCACUCGAAAGUAACUUUCCCAGAAGUCUUUUAAGUGUGCAGGACUUUUUAUACCUGUAUUUGUUCUAGUUGGCUUGGUUUGGAUGAUUCUUAGUUUAUUAGCCUCGUAAUGGCCAAGAAUACUUGACUUAAAGGCUCAAUUAUUACAGUUACAAAUGUGGAGUGUCCUAAUUUUAAGAUCGAAAGCAGCGUGUAAAUGUAUUUGUCUGUAAAAACUCUAUAUUUUUACAGAAAGUCUAUUUCUUUGAACUGUAAAGGGGGUCUCAAAUUUCUAUUAGUUUUCUUACCCUUUUGAAACUUACAGCUUAGGUAGUUAGGAGCCUGUUUCUUACAGUUUUUUCUACGAUAAACUUUGUCCUGGUCACAGUUGUGAGUGUAUGUGGAUUCGAUUGAUGUGAUUAUAUGCAACCUGGUUGUAGUGGAACAACUUCAAUAUAUGCAGGCUUUAAUUUUCUUACUGGUUUUGGUAAGUAGUCUUAGAUAGGUUUUUUAUGGGGGUGGGGGGGGCCAAGCAAACAAAACUUGUGAUUGAGAUGUUAGAGAAUGGAGACAAGUCCUUUCACUUUGUUACAUGUAGGUUUUUGACUCAAAGUGGAGUUUUGUUUUAAGUUUUGUUUUUGUUGGGCUUGGGGGGGGGGGCUGUGGGCCACAGACUGAUUAACUUAGAGACAGUGGAUUCUGAUUGGGCAGCUACACGUUGGCGCUCUAUUUAACCUAAUUACAGUGAUAUUAAACUGAGUUCAUGAGCUCAUCUUCAAAGCUUUUGCUAAAAGAUUUUCAGCUGUUCCAAAGGGGGCUUCCUAUUACUAGCAGUAUGUGUAUAAAAAGAUCCCAUCAGGUGGAUGAGAGAGACAUUUGAUCCCUGGUUUGCAUAAUAAAUUGUAAAAUGAUGUCUUGGGAAAGCAGGCAAGAGUCUAACCAUGGUGCUAUUAUUAGGCUUGCUUGUUAAGACAGGUCUGAGCCUAGUAUGUCAAUAAAAUAGUCGCUUUAUUUCUA